GCUUCGAGCCAGCGCCGCGGUCUGCCCUCGCACUGCAGACGGGGAAACUGAGGCCGGGGCGGGAGGGGUGGGGCGGGUCCCCCGGCGAGCCCGAGCGCCCGCCCCCGGCCAGCCCCGCCCCGGCCCGUAAGAGGCUCCCUGGGCGCCAGGCGAAGGCGCACAGCGCGGUGCCGGCCGGCCAGCACCGGGAUGGCAGCUCAGCGGCUGGGCAAGCGGGUGCUGAGCAAGCUGCAGUCUCCGUCUCGGGCCCGCGGGCCGGGGGGCAGUCCAGGGGGGCUGCAGAAACGGCACGCGCGUGUCACCGUCAAGUAUGACCGGCGGGAGCUGCAGCGGCGGCUGGACGUGGAAAAGUGGAUCGACGGGCGCUUGGAAGAGUUGUACCGCGGCAGGGAGGCAGACAUGCCUGAUGAGGUCAACAUCGAUGAACUGUUGGAAUUAGAGAGCGAAGACGAGAGAAGCCGGAAAAUCCAAGGACUCCUGAAGUCGUGUGCAAACCCCACCGAGGACUUCAUCCGGGAGCUGCUGGCGAAGCUGCGCGGCCUCCACAAGCAGCCAGGCCUCCGCCAGCCCAGCCCCUCAAGCGACAGCAGCCUGAGCCCCCGCCAGGACCGGGCCCGGACUGCACACCCCUGACCUCCGCCUCCGUGGCCCCUCCGCGCUGCCCGUGACACCGGCUUGUUUACAAGUUGUAUUUAAUGGUCUAUAACAGUAACACC